UGUCGAUUCAUAAACCUGUCGUAAACCUCAGGCAGGACAGUUGAGAGGUCAGUCUAAUUUUCUUGUAUUCGGUGACUGCUUGGUGUUAUUCUCCGAGUUAUCAGAAAGGAAAAUGGUUUCUUCGGCUCUCUCGAGGCUUGUCAACCUUCAAAGGCACUUUCAAGUUCCCAAGGGUAGUGACGACAAUUUGUGCAUUGGCAUGGUAAAGUUAACCCCUGAUGUUUCUGAAGCGUUAUCGCGUGGAAGAGCUGUUGUUGCACUUGAAUCCACCAUAAUAUCACAUGGUUUGAGUGCAGAAGAACUUGAGAGGCUGGCUAAUUUGGGAACCAAAGCUCGAAAGACGGCUCGCAGGGACAUUGCACAUGUUGUGAGUAGCACUCUGAAAUUAUCAACCAAUGCUCAUGUGGAAUGUACCAAUGUGGCUACCAAAGGGGAUGGUGCAACCACUGUUUCUGCCACUAUGAUUUUUGCUUCUAUGGUUGGCAUCCCUGUAUUUGUCACUGGGGGUAUUGGCGGAGUGCAUAGACAUGGAGAGAACACAAUGGAUGUAUCAUCUGAUCUUACAGAACUUGGAAGGACUCCUGUUGCAGUAAUUUCUGCUGGUGUAAAAUCAAUAUUAGAUAUUCCCAGAACCCUUGAGCAUUUGGAAACUCAAGGAGUUUGUGUUGCUGCUUAUAAAACUAAUGAAUUUCCGGCAUUUUUCACGGAAACAAGUGGAUGUAAGGCACCUUGCCGGGUAGACACACCAGAAGACUGUGCUCGGUUAAUAGAUGCAAACAUGAAGCUCAAGCUUGGAACUGGUAUUUUGAUUGCAAAUCCAAUUCCAAAAGAACAUGCUGCUUCAGGAAGUUUAAUAGAUUCUGCAAUACAAAGAGCCCUCAGAGAAGCUAGGGAUAAGGGUAUAACAGGCAAUGCUGAAACUCCAUUCUUGCUUGGUAGAGUGAAUGAACUAACUGGAGGAGCCUCUUUGUCUUCAAAUAUCGCUCUCGUGAAAAACAAUGCUCUUCUUGGCGCUAAGAUUUCUGUUUCUCUUGCUCAGAUGCGAGAACGUGAUGACGGAGGUGCAUAGGUCGUAGAAUGUUAACAACUGUCAGAUGUUGAAUUCCUUGCAUGAGAAUCUUAUUUUCUUAUCUUUCAUUUUCUUCUUGUGGGGAUGUGUUGAGAUAAUAAUACAGAAAAAUAGAGAGAUUGUUUCAGAAGGAAGGGCUCAUAUGAGAAUUGUGUGUACAUUAGACUGAUAGAUUUACAUGCAAGCUGGUUGGUUAAAAAGUUAAGACUGAUUCUACUUGCACUA